AAAGGUGAUGCAACUUUUUAGCGUACAUUAUUGUCAAGUACCAAGAGUCUCAGAUACUUCAGCGGACCAGACUUUGUUAUGCAUAGAAAAGUUCCUGGAUUAGCGGAGAAUUAGCACAAAGCAGAGACGCUGCUUCAGCAGGAGGGUUACGAACAUUACCAACCAACGGACGAACGAACGGACCAACGACCGGCUGAACAAGUGAGUGAGUGGCAAAGGAGAGACAGAGCGAGCCACCGAGUGAGCUGUGUGGCACAGCCCUGCGCCAGACGCCAGUGACCACAGCAGCAACAGCAGCAGCAGCAGAGAGUUCCAGUUCCAGGGCGGAAAGGGACCCAGUCAACAGAGCCACCAGGACGGGACACUCGCAACCAAGAGCUCCCCCUCCACAACCCGCAGUCUCCCCAGGAUGGAGGAAAAGCAGUUUUCAGGGAUUCUGAACGGAGCGGUUCCAGGCGAAGCGGGGAAAAAGGAUGAGAACUCCAGGCGAGGCAACUGGGGGAACCAGAUUGAGUUUGUGCUCACCAGCGUGGGCUAUGCUGUGGGCCUGGGCAACGUCUGGAGGUUUCCCUAUCUCUGCUACAGGAACGGAGGAGGGGCCUUCAUGUUCCCGUACUUCAUCAUGCUGGUGUUCUGUGGCAUCCCGCUGUUUUUCCUUGAGCUUUCCUUCGGUCAGUUUGCUAGCCUGGGCUGCCUGGGUGUCUGGAAGGUCAGCCCUAUGUUCAAAGGUGUGGGCUAUGGGAUGAUGGUUGUGUCCACCUACAUCGGCAUCUACUACAAUGUGGUCAUCUGCAUCGCCAUCUACUACUUCUUCAUGUCAAUGACCAACCUGCUGCCCUGGACCUACUGCACCAACCCCUGGAACACCCCCGACUGCAGCGGCGUGGUGGGCAGCCCCCGCCUCAACAGCACCCUGGCCAACGUCACGGCCGUUGUGGCCGAGGUGGUCAACCGCACCAAAAGGACCAGCCCCAGCGAAGAAUACUGGAGAAACUAUGUUCUUCAAAUUUCUGACGGUAUCGGCAACUUUGGCGAGGUGCGUCUGCCCAUUCUGGGCUGUCUGGCCCUCUCCUGGAUCGUGGUGUUCCUCUGCCUGAUCAGAGGAGUCAAGUCAUCAGGCAAGGUGGUGUACUUCACAGCGACCUUCCCCUACGUGGUGCUGACCAUCCUGUUCAUCAGGGGGAUCACGCUGGAGGGGGCUUACCAAGGGAUCAAGUACUACUUGACCCCACAGUGGUCCAAAAUCCUGGAUGCAAAGGUGUGGGGAGAUGCUGCCUCUCAGAUCUUCUACUCUCUGGGCUGUGCUUGGGGUGGACUCAUCACCAUGGCCUCUUACAAUAAAUUCCACAACAACUGUUACAGGGACAGCAUCAUCAUCAGCGUGACCAACUGCGCCACGAGCGUCUACGCCGGCUUCGUCAUCUUCUCCAUCCUGGGCUUCAUGGCACAUCACCUGGGCGUGGGCGUGUCGGAGGUGGCUGACCAGGGUCCCGGCCUGGCAUUCGUGGCCUACCCAGAGGCCCUGACGCUGCUGCCCAUCUCACCGCUCUGGUCCAUCCUCUUCUUCUUCAUGCUCAUCCUGCUGGGCCUGGGCACUCAGUUCUGUCUGUUGGAGACGCUGGUCACUGCUAUCGUGGAUGAGAUUGGCACUGACUGGAUCAUGAAGAACAAGACAAUUGUCACCCUGGGAGUGGCCAUCGUAGGAUUCCUUCUUGGAGUGCCACUGACCACACGGGCAGGGAUAUACUGGCUUUUGCUCAUGGAUAACUAUGCUGCUAGCUUCUCGCUGGUCGUCAUCUCCUGCAUCAUGUGCAUCUGUAUUAUGUAUGUCUAUGGGCACAAGAAUUACUUCAGAGAUGUGGAGAUGAUGCUGGGCUUCCCUCCUCCAAUCUUCUUCAGGGUCUGCUGGCGAUUUGUGUCCCCCAUCAUUAUCUCUUUCAUCCUGAUCUUUACAGUGAUCCAGUACAGGCCCAUCACCUAUGGCACCUACGUGUACCCUCAGUGGUCUCUGGCCAUCGGCUUCCUCAUGGCUCUGUCCUCGGUCAUAUGCAUACCCAUUUACGCGCUCUAUAAGAUCGCCAUGUCUCCUGGCGCCACCUUCUGGGAGCGGUUGAAGUUCUCCCUGAAGCCCGAUCCCAACUGGGGCCCCGCCCUGCAGGAGCACCGCAAGGGCCGCUACGCCUCAGGGCCGGACGGCGUGGAGGUCUGCCCCCUCAAGGAGGACCUGAAGGAGAAGGAGAAGGAGGAGGAAAAGGAGAAAGAGAAGGAGAAGGAGAAGGAGCCUGAGAACGACAAGGAGAAGGAGAAGAAGGAGGAGAUCAACGUCACCAUCCAGGGCAGUAAUGGCUCCACACACAACCCCACGCCCAGCGCAUAGAGUCACCGGUCACAGCGUGGCACGGCUCGGCCCUGGCACUGUUGCUCUCUCUCUCUCUCAUGAUGCCACAUCACCAUGCCGGGCAUCUCCAUGCCCACUGCAGCAAAACCUUUACAUAUUGUAAGGGCUUUCUUAUUUUUAACCUCUAGUGAUAUGAAUUGGUUGUCAUCCAAAAUGUUUUUUUUUUCUUUUCCCGUUAUGGUUUGCAUAAUUUAAUGCAGGUUUUUUGUAUAAAAAAAAGAAAUUGAAAAAGACCGAAAGCAUUCGUGAGCAUAUGCAAGAGGGAGAGAAGAGGUGUUGCAAACCUACUGUAUGUAUAUUCUGUAGCGCAAUCUUUUUUUUGUUUUUACCAUUAUGUUUCGUCAUCUACCGUUUUGGCAGUGAUAGCAGUAGCACAGAUCACAGCAGCUUAUGGAAGCGACAGUUUGUACCUUAAAUAGCAAUAGUUGCUGGUCAGUUGAAAGGUGGAUACCAAAUUUUCUUUGUGUCAGCACAAGAACCGCAGUCAUUGCAUCCAUGUAGGGAUCCUAGUCUGCUUUGUCCAUUCUACAGGUAUUGCCCAGCUACUUUUUCCAGGGUCUGACAGAACAGUCAACACCUGCUUUAAUGGCAUCCCAUGGCAAAAAAGAAACAUAGGGGCUAAGCAGAAAUUAUGGUUGUGGUCCUAAUGAUAGUGAUAUUUGGCCUGUUGAGCAUCUAUGAUGUAGCCAACCAUAAACAAGCACAAAUCAUACAAAGGACAUUUGGCUUCGCCUUUUUAAACAGUGUAGCUUCACUCAUCCAAGCACAUGGCUUAUCAAUACCCACUCUCAGGGUUCUACAUACUAAUGAAAUCCAUUUUCAACACCUCGUUAAUUGAUUCCAUGUUGGUUUACUUUUGGCACUAAACUAAAUAGGGACGAAAAGGCAGUUUUUGGUGGG